AGCAAAUCAUCUCCAUAAACUUUUCCUUGUCGCUGUUAGAGAGAUUAUAGCUCAAUCAUGACGGUCGAAAUUCUUCGCGCAGCACCAGCUGCAUCCUCAUUCGUCGCCCUGUCCGAACAUGAAACCCAGACACCCGAGACCUAUCACGACAACAAGCCCAUUCUUCAUUAUCACACUUCCAACGCCCAUGUCGUUCUCUCCAAGGCAGACAUUGAGGAGUUCACAAUCGCAUCGGAGCUUGCACAUGGGAAGCCAGCUUUGGAAGCUGAUGAUACCGGAGUCAAUGGCUCUGCCGCUACAAAUGGCGAGAGUACUACAUCAUCUAGCACAUCCAACGACCUUGUCCUCGAUGGCUUCGAUGUGUGGGUGACGACAGAGAAUCUCAUCCUCUACAACAGUGCCAAGGCCACCGGCUUAUCCAUUCCAUACCCAGCCAUACCCCUCCACGCCGUGCAACGCCUGCGUCUUCCCUCCCAAACCACUUCCGAAGCAGCCGAAGUACAAGGCCUGUAUAUGCAAGUCCUCGCAUCAAGCAGCGAAGCCGAAGUACAAGACCCUGAAGACCUCUCAACGUUUGACGUGACUAUUGUUCCGCCUCACACUCCUUCCACCUCUUCUACCAAUGAAGCAGCCGCCUCCUCCUCCUCAGAGACGCCCGCUCAGCCCUCACCAGCACCCCAAACCGAAUCCUCUUCCGACUCUUCUUCACCAAUAACGCCUCUGUUCACAGCAGUCUCUACGUGCGCAGACUUACAUCCGGACUUUGACCCUGAUGCGUCGGACGAAGAAGGCGACGGCGUCGGAACUCUUGGCGCAGGCGGAAUAAUAGGCGGCACUGGUAUAGCGGGGAUUGGAGGGGGAGCUGGAGCGGGGAUCACCAUAAUUGGCGGUCCCGAGGGCGGCGUCGAACUCUCAGGUGACCAACAGCAACAACCUCAGCUUCUUGAUUUUCCCGCAGAACUGGCCGGUGGCGGGUGGAUCACUUCAGAGAAUGUGAACGAGUACUUUGACGAGGACGGAAAUCCUCGCGGGGAGACGAUAGGGCAGAGAAUGGCGCGGGAGGCAGAGCUGGAGAAUACUAGUACCGACGCCGCGACUAACGAAAUCGAAAACCAACCUCUUGGCCCCGGCGCUGGGUCAGUGCAUCCCCGCGGAGAAGAUGAAGAAGAUGGCGAGGGAAACGCGACAGCAGAAGGCGACAACGCAGAGACCAAAUGGCGUCGAACGGGAGAGUAGAGCAGAAUGGAUCCAAUUGGAUUUACGUUUUACUCUUCCACUUGAAUUCAUUUCUUUACUUUCAUUUCUUCUUCAUCAACCUUGGCUAUCCAUUAAAAAAAGGGGAAAAGUAUAAAAAGGAUACAAAAGACGCGGAGUUGAGUCCGCUGGCUUGGCAUACCAACCACCAUCAUCUCCUUGAAUAAAAAAUAUUGAACUGGCCU